GUUCUGUAACUGACUGACAAUGGAAUGGUAUGAAAUCUGUGUGUCAUGACUUUCGGUCGUUCAACCAGGAAUACUGUCCAUAAACCAUCCUCUUAAAGCUAGUGUAUACAGAAUACUGUUCUUUAUCUCAAUGUAUUGAACAAAAAGUUGAUGCUAGGCGAAACUAGUAUGCCAUAAUGCAAGCUGGAAUAAAUAAAUAAAUACUAUCGAAUCGAUCAAAUCCAAUGACUAGAUAUCCUUCUUUCACAGAUUCAUUGGUUGAAGACCAUUCAUCUGCAUUUUCUAUUCCAUUACCAUUGAAUAAAUCUCAAAACUCAAGAAAAUAUCCUAAUAUUAUGCUCAAUUCAACAGAGAUUAAUACACAGAAUAUACAAUCGAAUAUUCCAUUGUACAGUAGUAAUACACCAAUAUGCUAUCCAACUAGUAAUGAUCAUAUACAAUCGAAUUUAUCUUUACCAAAACAAAAUGAUCCAUCUUUGAAUUGGUUGCUUUAUGGUCAACUAUACAAUCUAAUGUAUUCAAAAAUACUAAAUAGAGUUUCAUGUAGUAAUAUUAAUAAUAACAAGCCUCAAACUACACAUUUUACAAAUUUAUCUGAGAAUAAAGAUAAUAAGCUCAAGAAUGUGUUCAACACACAGUAUUCUCCUAUAUCCUCAAGUGGGAUAGGUAUCACUCAAAAUGUAACCACGGCCAACCAAAUUCAAUGUUCCAGCAGCUCCGAGCAACCAAAUAAAACUCCUAAAGUCCUCCGUAAUAAAAAGAGAAAAAAAAGUGUAUCCAAUAUAAAUAAACUGAAUAAUAACCAAUAUAAACACUCAAUAGUAAGUCGAUGUAAAAGUUGUCCAUCAGUUAUCAUGCCUUUAUCGUUAUCACUAACAUCAUCAACAUCAUCAUCAUCAGCAGCAGCAGCACCGACUUUUCCAAAUGAAUAUUACUUCACCAAUUCACUAUUGAAAUUCCGAAGUUUUAGUUAUGAGUCAUUAGUAAGGAACAGUCAACUUGACAAAAUCAGUCAUUCAAACAGAUCUAACCAGUUUAAUAAUUCUUUUUAUCAUUCUAUUGACCAUAAAUCGAAAAUUCCGCCAUCACUUUCAUCGAACUCAUUAAAACAAAUAUCUGUUGCAAAGAAAAGUAAUGAACUAAGCACACAAACUUUAAAUAACUGCACAAACUUAACAAAUCAUAGAAAUAUUAUUCAGAUGCCGGUAUCAUAUCCCUCAUCAUCAUCAUCAGCAUUACCACCGCCACUGAUAAAAUGUAAUGGAGCAUCAAACUAUGUAAAUCAAAUCAAUAUAAACCCCAUGAAUAAAACUCCAAAUGACCACGAUAAACCAUUACAACCACAACUCCGUGAAACCUUUCUGCAGUAUUACUUAACUUAUUAUUACGAAGAAAUAAUGCGUCACUGUCUACAGCACCAAGUACCAAUAAUGAAUGCUCCUAAUUAUAAAAAUACCAUCAACCAUACUACUGAUAAUACACAAACAGUAGCAUAUCCCCAGCCGAAGCUAACAAAUUCAUUUAAUAUUGAUAACACAUGUAAUAACUAUGGUAAAUUUCUCUCGAACUCACAAGAGUUAGAUAAUAAUAUAACUACUUAUCCGGAUAACUUUCGAAGUUUCAUAGAAGAGUCCAUUAAGAAAGGACUUCUAAUGAAAAAUGACUUCCGUUUUCCAGAAAAGUAUGCAAAGUCAAUCAAUUCCGGUGAUGUCAAACAUACUACUAGUAGUAGUAAUAAAAAUAAUAUCCUUGAUGACAGGGACCUUGAGAGAAUUAAAAUGUUUCAGGUGUCUGAACACAUAUCGUCUGAGAAUAAAGUGAAAUCAAGGGAUAAUGAUGCACCACCACAUGGAAUAGAUUUGAUCUGUAUUGAUAAUUUUCCACCCAGUAUACCUCUACAACCUCAGAAAGAAUCCCUAAGACAAAGCCUUUACAACCACACUAACGAUGAUAACAUGAAUGAGAGGAAUUGUAUGCAAACGGCCAGUCAACAUCAUCUGUUCAAAAAGUCACAUUGUUUUCCUCAUGGCAUCACAAACGAUACUAGUCAUAUUAGUGGUAGUAUUCAGAAUGUAGCAUCAUCUAAUAUACCAUAUACUGUGAACCAGUUGAGUAGUAGUGACCAUGAGCACAGACCUCCAGGAAACUGCAGGCAUGCACGAUCGCACCGUAGUUCAAACCCAAUUCGUCUGACAUCUGGUGUCAAAAUAUUCAAUAAUAGUGGUGUUGCCCAUAGUAACAAUACAUCAAAUCGUUUCAAAUACUCGUCUUCAAAAAAGCUACCAUCACCUGUCGAUAUUUCUCUAUCAGAUAAUCUAACCUUCCCAUCGACAUCAUCAGCUGUUCCAUCACCAUCUGCAAAAUUCUCACGAAAAGUGUCAGCAUCAUCAGGUAACUCAAUUACACCACGACGUGAUACUAAACGUAAUGAUACUUGUGAAUAUUGUGGCAAAAUAUUUAAGAAUUGCAGUAAUCUAACAGUACACAGACGUAGUCAUACAGGCGAGAAACCAUAUCAGUGUAAAUUGUGUAAUUAUGCUUGUGCACAAUCGUCUAAACUGACAAGACAUAUGAAAACCCAUGGUAAAGACGGUAAACCUAGAUAUUUAUGUAAAUAUUGUCACACACCGUUCAUAGUACCAUCUACUUUGGAAAAGCAUAUGCGUAAGUGCACGCAUGCAAGGCAUUUAUUAGGUACACAUUAUAUUGCACGCCAUAAACAAUUGUUUCGACAAAAUUCUACAGGGAAAUGGAUUCAGUCUUGGUUAGCAGCAGCGGUAGCGGAAGAUGCAACAACUUCAGUAACUAAAGGAGGUGAAGGAAAUCAAAAUGGUUCCGUAAACUUUAAAGUAAACUAUUCAAAAAAAACUAGAUCACGUACUUUUAUGAACACAAUGCUAACAGGAUCGUCGUCAUCAUCAUCAUCAUCCACAACCAUGACAAUAGUCAAUAAAGGAGAGCCAGGGAAAUACAUCGGAAAUUUCGAUUCAUUUAAAAGAGAGUUAAAUACAGAUAGUGACAAGUUGAGUAAUUUAUCAGGUGGAAAUCUUCAUUCUCCAAUUCAUCAACAAUCUUCUCUUAUGGUUGAUAACAAUAAAUAUUCAUCUGACAAAAAGUUUCUAGUUUCCAGUCUCAAUUCUCAGUUGAAUUACCUAUCUAACAGUAAUUAUAUAACUGAUGAAGAAAAUCCCUGGAAAAUAUCAUCGAAUUCUGAAUUGUCUAAGCAUUUACCUGCAUUCAAUGAAAGGAAUAAUAAUAAUAACAGUUUGUUUUUAUCACCAGAUUUAUUAAACUCUCAUCCUAAAACUCUUAACAGUCAACCAGUGUUCAACGUGAAUCACUCAUGCAUACCACCGUAUAGCGUCGUCCCACCUCCAAUGCAGAAAUUGACAUCAUCUCCAGGCAAUUCACUAACCAUGGCAGAUAUAACUAAAACAAGUCGUACCAUAUCCAAUAACUACAAUUUGAUUGGAAGAAAUUCUAUCAAUAAUGAUAAUAAUACUAAUAGUAAUCGACAUUUAUCUUUGCUAAUGUCUAAAAUUCUUGACAAUUCACUGAAUACAGGGAUAUUAUAAAUCAAUCACAGAUCAUCAUUAUCCCCUUCAUCAACGAAUUUUUGAAAUGAUUGAAAAUUUUUUUCAAAAGAUUAAUCAAAUAAGAACUGCAAGGGAAAAGAAGCUGUUUCUGUGUUUUCUAAUAUUCUAUUUGUAUUAAACUAUGAUAUUUAUAGUCGAGUACUACUAAUUUGGCUACCUCUAGUAGUAUUGACAGCUGGAAUUACUGUGAUUUCUUUCAUCAGUGGUAAAAAAUCAUUCCCCUUAACUUCUACAAUAAUCAGAUACAUACAUAUAUCCAUCGUUAGUUAAACACAUGUAAUUUCCUUAUGCUAUACACCUGUAGAACCUGCGUACAGAAUAAUAAAGAUAUUAUUUUAGGUAAUAUAGGACUACUAUUAUUACUAUUCAGUAGUAUAUGUAAAUUUCGAUAAAAUAAUUCCUUUGAAUAUAUGACCAUCAUGAGCAUUUCUUAGUUCUGCUAUUGUAAAUUUACCUUUCACUUUAGGAUAAGUAUUUUAUGAAUCUUUUUUCCUCAC